GAGGGAGAUAGAGAGAGAGGGGGUUAUUCCGCAGUGCACGGAGCUGAGUGGACGUGUGUGCGCGAGCGUGAGGAGUAGCACAGGGAAGAUGUGUGUGUGUGUUUCCUCCUGGAUGGAGCGACGUGGUGAAGAGGGACUCACUUCUGACUACAGCUAACAGACGAUAUAUCCCACUCUCCAUCUGGAGCUCAUACUUUAUGUUUCAUGUGUUAACCCUGUUCUUUUUUGCCACUUUUUCUAUUUUUUUUUUUUUUUUUUUUGGAUGCUCCAGAAGGAAACUUUUGCCAUGAUCUCAAACCCAUGACCGUUUGGAGAGGAUUAAGUUUUGGUAUUUUGGAUGUGAGCUAUUCCCGUUACUCACGGAUGAGGGUCCACCUGUGCAAGGGGCUUUAGGGACGACAAUCGGCAGAGAGAGAAAGAGAGAGAGAGAGAGAGAGAGAGAGAGAGAGAGAGAGAGAGAGAGAGAGAGAGAGAGGAAAAGAGAUAGAGAGAGAGGAAAAGAGAGAGAGAAAGACAGAUAGAGAGAAAGGUUAUAGAGCUUAUAUUGAUAUAUGUCACACUGACAGCCAUAAUUGAAGAUUUAUGAAGUAAAAUAUUCGAGCGUGCAGGAAAUAGAGCCAAAGUGUGGGGAAGAGGAAAGAAAAUCUGAUCUUGGGGAUUGAAAGGAGCGGGGCAUGAGGAUAUUGGCCAUCAUCUUUUUCCAGUGCAUCUUGAAUGUUCUUGGUGAAGAGCUACAUUCCAGCUUGUAUUUUGUCAAUGCAUCUCUGCAAGAGGUAGUCUUCGCCAGCACCACAGGGACGCUGGUGCCCUGUCCCGCAGCCGCUGUGCCUCCAGCCACGCUGCGCUGGUACCUGGCCACCGGCGAAGAGAGCUACAACGUGCCAGGGAUCCGCCACGUGCACCCCAACGGCACGCUCCAGAUCUUCCACUUCUCUCCCUCCAGCUAUAGCAAAGUGAUCCACGAAAACACAUACUACUGCACCGCUGAAAAUCCUUCAGGGAAAAUUAGAAGCCAAGAUGUUCACAUUAAAGCUGUCUUACGAGAACCUUAUACGGUUCGUGUGGCGGACCAGACAGCCAUGAGAGGCAGCGUAGCUGUCUUCAAGUGCAUUAUUCCAGCCUCAGUGGAGAAAUACGUCACAGUUGUGGCAUGGGAGAGAGACACAGUCCCCCUCGUCUCAGGACCUCGAUUUCUCAUAACGUCCACGGGAGCCUUGUACAUCCUGGACGUGCAGAAGGAGGACGAGUUGUUCAACUAUCGCUGCAUGACAAGGCAUCGCUACACCUCAGAGACGAGGCAGAGCAACAGUGCACGUCUCUUUGUGCCAGACCCCACAAACUCGGCUCCUGCGAUCCUUGAUGGCUUCGAGAAGCGUGAAGUCAUGGCCUCGCACAGAGUGGAGCUCCCGUGCAAAGCUUCAGGGCAUCCAGCACCAAAAUACCGCUGGCUAAAGGACAACAGGCCACUGGAGCCGGAUACACGCUUUAGGCAAAGCGUGACUGGUCUGCUGAUCGAAAGAGCUCAACCCAGCGACUCAGGCAGCUACGUGUGCGAGGUAUGGAACAGCUACGGGAACGCAGAGGUCAUAGGGCGCCUUCUGGUGAAAGAGCCGCUGCGGGUGGUGGUCAGCCCCAGGAAGGUGAAAGGCAGCGUGGGCAGCCAGGUUUCCUUAACCUGUAGUGUGACCGGUUCUGAUGAGUACGAGCUCUCCUGGUACCGCAACGGAGACAAGAUCAAUGCUGGCGGUAGCGUCCACAUGAACGGGAUUAACAAAGAGAACCUGGUGAUGGACGGCAUGGCCAAGAGUGAUGGAGGAGCAUACCAGUGCUUCGCCAGGAAAAGCAAGAUCUCAGCUCAGGACUUUGUGCAGGUUAUUUUAGAAGACGGCACCCCCAAGAUCCUGUCUGCCUUCAGUGAGAAAGUGGUGAGCCCCAACGAGUUUGUCUCCUUGAUGUGUCAUGUGAAAGGGACGCCGCAGCCAGUGGUGACAUGGACGCUGGAUGACGACGUGGUGGUAAAGGACAGCCGCCACCGUAUGGGCCAUAGCAUCACAGCCGAGGGCAACGUAGUCAGCUACCUGAACAUCUCGCACACGCAGGUCCGGGACAGUGGCGUCUACCGGUGCACCUGCAACAAUUCGGCGGGCACGGUCUCCUACCAGGCUCGAAUAAACGUAAGAGGUCCCGCUGACAUACGGCCCAUGAAGAACCUCACUGCCAUCGCUGGCCGGGACACGUACAUACACUGCCACGUCAUCGGCUACCCGUACUACUCCAUCAAGUGGUACAAGAACUCAAACCUGCUGCCGUUCAAUGAUAGACAACGAGCGUUCGAGAACAACGGCACUCUGAAGCUGCUGAACGUGCAGAAGGAGCUGGAUGAAGGUGAAUACGCCUGCCACGUCCUUGUCCAGCCGCAGGUCUUUAAGAACCAGAGCGUCCACGUCACUGUGAAAGUCCCUCCCUUUAUUCAACCUUUUGAGUUCCCACGUUACUCCAUUGGUCACAGGGUCUUCGUUCCCUGCGUGGUGCGUUCAGGUGAUUUGCCCAUCUCUAUCAACUGGGAGAAGGAUGGGAAGCCCAUUAAUGCCAGUCUUGGUGUCACCAUCGACAACAUUGACUUCACCAGCUCGCUGCGCAUCUCCAAUCUUCAGCGGGUUCACAAUGGCACAUACACAUGUAUCGCCCGCAAUGACGCUGCCGUGGUAAAAUACCAAAGCCAGCUCAUCGUCAGGGUUCCACCCAGAUUCACUGUCCAGCCCAAAGACCAGGAUGGGAUCUACGGAAAAGCUGUGAUCCUCAACUGUUCCGCUGAUGGAGAACCUCGUCCAACUAUAGAGUGGAAAUACUCUAAGGGUGCUGGUGUUCCUCAGUUUCACCCGAUUGCACUAAACUCGGGCUACAGGGUCCAACUGCUGAGUAACGGUUCUCUGCUCAUAAAGCACGUGCUGGAGGAAGACGCUGGUUACUACCUCUGUAAGGUCAGCAAUGACGUGGGCGCCGAUGUCAGCAAGUCCAUGUACCUCAAUGUCAAGAUACCAGCUAUGAUCACGUCGUACCCCAACAACACACUGGCCACCAAGGGCGAGAAGAUUGAAAUGAGCUGCAAGGCCCACGGCGAGAAGCCCAUAAUGGUACGCUGGGAGAAGGAGGUGGAGAAGGAAAAGCAGUCGCACAUCAUCAACCCGGACAUGUGGAGGCACACAGUAACCGUUAAGAAGGUCGGCGAGGAGGUCAUCUCAACUCUGGAGAUCUAUCCAACUCUAAGGGAGGACUCUGGGUUUUUUUCCUGCCACGCAAUCAACUCUUAUGGUGAAGACCGAGGCAUUAUACAACUUACGGUUCAAGAGCCACCAGAGCCUCCAAAAGUGGAGAUUCGGGAGGUGAGGGAGAGGACCAUUGCUCUUCGCUGGACUAUGGGUUUUGAUGGGAACAGUCCCAUCACUGGCUAUGAUAUUGAGUGCAAGAACAAAACAGCUCCUUGGGAAAGAUCUCGCAGAACCAGAGAUGUCUCCCCAACUUUGAAUCUGGCCACCAUCAUCGAGCUCCACCCUUCAUCUACAUACAACAUCCGUAUGUUUGCCAAGAACCACAUUGGGGACAGCGAGCCCAGCAAUGAGCUCAUGGUCACAACGGAUGAAGCAGAUCCUGAAGGUCCACCUCAAGAUGUGACUCUUGAAGCGAUGUCUUCUCAAAGCAUCAAGGUCACAUGGAAGGCUCCUCAGAAACAUCUCCAGAACGGCAUGAUCAGGGGCUAUCAGGUGUGCCACAGGGAACACUCGGUGAACGGGAGCCACCAGUUCAUCUGCCUGAGUGUGGAGAGCACGGGUGAGACAGAGACACUCACCCUGAACAACCUCAAGAAGUUCACACAAUAUGAGGUAGUGGUGCAGGCGAGCAACAGUGCUGGACCGGGACCUGCCUCCAGUGAAGUGCGAGCCACCACCAUGGAGGAUGUUCCCAGCAGAGCUCCAGAGAAGGUCACUGCCACAGCCACGUCUCCUGAGACCAUCUCUCUGUCGUGGUCUACACCUGCUCGGGAAGCUCUGAAUGGUGUCCUGCAGGGCUUUCGCAUCAUCUACUGGGCAAAUUUACCUGAUGGAGAACUGGGGGAGAUCAGAAACAUCACCACCCUGCUGCCUCCUCUCGAGCUGGAUGGUUUGGAGAAAUUCACCAAUUAUAGCAUUCAGGUGUUGGCAUUCACCCGGGCUGGAGACGGGGUCCGAUCAGAGCAGAUCUACAUUCGUACCAAAGAAGAUGUUCCAGGUCCACCAGGUGGAGUGAAGGCAGCAGCAGCAUCCAACUCAGUGGUGUAUGUUUCCUGGCUUCCACCACUCAAACUAAAUGGCGUGAUUAGGAAAUACACAGUGUUCUGCUCCAGCUCGUACCCCACGGUGGUGAGUGAGUUUGAUGCUGCUCCAGAUGAAUUUCUCCACAAGGUGCAGAAUCUGAGUCGGAACAGGAAGUACAGCAUCUGGGUGAUGGCAGUGACAGCAGCAGGCCGCGGAAACAGCAGUGAAGUCAUCACGGUCGAACCCCUUGCUAAAGCUCCAGCCAGGAUCCUCACCUUUAGUGGCACAGUGACAACACCCUGGAUGCGAGACAUUGUCCUGCCUUGCAGGGCUGUGGGAGAUCCACCACCCACUGUCAAAUGGAUGAAGGAAAGUGGAAGCCCGGGCCCGGCCACCAUUGACGGAAGGCGCAACAUCCAUGGAAAUGGCAGCUUCGUCAUUAAGACCGUGAAAGCUGAGGACUCUGGGUACUACACGUGUGUCACCAGCAAUAACUGGGGCACUGAUGAAAUAACGCUGAAUCUGCAGGUGCAAGUCCCUCCAGAUCAGCCUCGUCUCACGGUGACCAAAACGACGACCACGUCCAUUACACUGUCCUGGAUACCAGGGGACAAUGGUGGGAGUUCCAUUAGAGGUUACAUUCUGCAGUAUUCGGAAGACAACAGCGAACAGUGGGGCAACAUUCCCAUCAGCCCGAGCGAGCGCUCGUACCGUCUGGAGACUCUAAAGUGUGGCACCUGGUAUAAGUUCACUCUUACAGCCCAGAAUGCCGUUGGCCCAGGGCGCAUCAGUGAAAUCAUAGAAGCAAAGACUCAUGGGAAAGAACCUCAGUUCUCCAAAGAGCAAGAGCUGUUCACAAGCAUCAAUGCUACCUGCGUGCGGCUCAACCUGAUUGGCUGGAAUGACGGAGGAUGUCCAAUCUCAUCCUUCACUCUGGAGUACAGACCACUAGACAGUCCGGUGUGGACCAAAGCCCAGCGUACAUCCCUGACGAAGAGCUACACGCUGAUGGACCUGCAGGAGGCCACGUGGUAUGAGCUGCAGAUGAAGGUGUACAACAGUGCCGGGCUGGCUGAGAAACGGGUCAAGUUUGCCACACUCAACUACGAUGGCAGCACCAUUCCACCAUUAGUGAAGACUGCAGUAAAGAACCCGGUGAAGAAGAGUAACAACGAGGGCAUGAAGAUGAUGGUGACCAUCUCAUGCAUCCUAGUGGGCAUGGCCCUCCUCUUCAUCCUGCUCAUGGUACUCAGGAGGAGGAGGAGGGAGCAGAGAUUGAAGAGGCUCAGAGAUGCAAAAAGCUUGGCAGAGAUGCUUAUGAGCAAAAAUACCCGGCCAUCAGACACACUAAACAAACAGCAGCAGACACUCCGCAUGCACAUCGACAUCCCCAGAGCUCAGCUUCUAAUUGAGGAGAGAGACACCAUGGAGACUGUGGAUGACAGAUCAACCGUGCUCCUUACUGAGAACGAUUUUGGAGAAACUGCCAAGCAGAAAACAACCACAGCGACGCAUACAGUCCAUUACCAGUCACUAACUCAGGCCACAGGGCCACUGGUGGAUGUCUCAGAUGUUCGGCCUGGGACAAGCAAAAGCAGCCUGUCAAAUCCCACGUCACGGCGAGCAGCUAAACCGGGCCCUGCUGCACGAAGCCGCUAUGCUAGUCAGUGGACGCUAAACCGUCCUCACCCGCAGGUCUCCACACAUACACUCAGCACGGACUGGAGGCUGGGAACACCGAGAGUGCCUGGCUCUGUGGACAAAGAAAGUGACAGCUACAGCGUCAGUCCGUCUCAGGAUACAGACCGAGCCCGGAGCAGCAUGGUGUCCACAGAGAGCGCCUCAUCUACCUACGAGGAGCUGGCACGGGCCUAUGAGCAUGCCAAGAUGGAGGAGCAGCUCCGACAUGCUAAGUUCACCAUCACCGAGUGCUUCAUCUCAGACACGUCCUCCGAGCAGAUGACGGCGGGAACCAACGACUACACAGACAGCCUGACGUCCAGUACGCCAUCCGAGUCGGGCAUAUGCAGGUUCACGGCCUCGCCACCCAAACCUCAGGACGUAUGCAGGGUCAUGAACAUGGCUGUGCCCAAAGCCCACAGGCCAGGGGGCGAGUUGGUGCACCUACCGCCAUACUUGCGCAUGGACUUUCUGCUGAACCGGGCUGCGUCAGGCAUGGAGCCACAGAAGACCCGGUCAAUGAAGCGGCCAAGCCUGGUCCCGGUGCCGGUGGAGGUUCCAGCGGCCCGGGAGGCACAGCAAUGGCAGCCCAGCUCCGGCGCCUCCACGCUGCCACAGAGGGAAGCCGGAUCGGACUUGGCUCAGGCUGCCAAGCUCAGCACGUCGCAGGAGUCCCUCUUAGACUCUCGGGGACAUUUAAAACAAAGCAGCAAUCCCUACACCAAGUCUUACACACUGGUAUAACCCAGAGGAAAUGGACUGGACACACACAAAACACAAACAUAUACACAAAUACAGACCGUACACAUUAACACACAGCAAAAAAACUCAUCACACAGUUGUACAUAGAGGCCUUUCAUCAUGGGAGGGCCACUGCCGAUUCCUUACUUUCUUUUAUGCUUUUUUAAACACAUAGACUCACUUUUUCAAAAAACAAAGAAAAAAAAGAAACACACUCCAGAUGGGAGAAUGCCAACUUUAAUUAUUCUGAUUAUUCUGAUUAUUCUGAUUAUUCUGAUUAUUAUUAUUAUUAUUAUUAUUAUUAUUAUUAUUAUUAUUUAUGUUAGCAUUUAGUGUGCACUAUAAUGACUGGGAGCCCAUUUUUUUCUACCGAACUUUAUUAUUUGUGUGAUUCAAUUAAUAUCAAAACAUGGAAUGAAUCAUCCAGAGAGAUUGGGCGAGCGUGUUAGAGUGUGUGAUCACCACUUGUCCAAAGUUGUCACUGUUUUCAGAUUUUUAACGUUUAAGAUUUCAAUUUUUUUUCUUAUGGGUGCAUGGGGAGCGACCGGUAAAAAUUAUGACGAUGCUGAAGUUAAAGAUAAAUCUAAAAUAGAGAACAGCCGGAAGUUGAUCCGGCUUUACGGUUUUUGGUUUUUUUUUUGCUUUGUUUGUUUGUUUUUCACUAUAAAAUGAUCAAAUGUAAAGAUUUAGUAUUCUUAUGACUAUAAAUUAAUAUAUAAAAUAAUAUAUAUUAAAUGAGAAAAAAAAAAUCACAUUUAUUUGUGGGUAUUACAGGGAAGCGUUUGGAUUUGAUCGAUUACUACUACUAAUAAUUUUUUUUUUUAAAGUCCUUUAGUCAUGUUUGCACAUAUUGUUUUAGGAAAGUUUUGAGUCUCGGUUGCUGAAUAUUUGUGUCCCACUUUCUAAUGGUGCAAUAUGCGCGAUGAAGAGUAACAGAAAUGCUUUACUGUACUGUAUCGAAACCUACGUUGUGUACGAGUGUAAAAGGCGGACGAGCUAAAACUGUUUAUUCAGGUGUAAAUUACCACUGGGUGUUUACAAGGUAAAUAUUCAUCACAUGUCCGGGGGGAACUCCCUCCUCCCGCUGCACUAGCCAAUGUCUGCUUAUUAAACCCCCUCUUUUUCCCAUCACCCCUGUACAGUGCACUAGGUUGUGUCCACAGGGCACGCACUCUCGUCUUCGCUAGAUUUAUUUUUGCUGCAUUGCAGUGAGGCUCCUCUACAGGGAAAAAAAAAUACUGAGACAAUCCGAAGAGAUUCCCCAUAAAGAAUGAGAAUGCAAGGCUGUGGAAAUCUUUGAAAAGGUGUGGCUCUGUGCGACGUGGUGCGGCUCCACAUCAGACUCGCAUCUCUGUCUUGCAGAGGGAUGACUGAGAUGCCGGUAUAUUUACAUAGAUGAAUCUACCCCCACCCCCCCCUUCCUGCACACACCCACACACUUCUUUCCCUUUCUUCUUGAUUUUGCUGAUUAUACAAAUAGGUUUUGUUUGACUGUUUUGUUUUGGACAGGGUGUUCACAGCUGUGUCACUCAACUAAAGAUUUCUCAUGCACUUCCACUCGAUUAAUAAAAGGUUGU